ACAACUUGUAAUGUAACUUCUUUGAAAGAAAACAUAACCUAUGUUAAUACGUAUUGUUUUCAUACGCUGAGUUAUUAUAUAUUAGGAACGAGGGUGUUUGAAAAGUGGUGCAAGAAGUGGAUGAGGUGAUUAAGGUGAAAUGGAUUUCCAAAACCGACCUGGUGGAAAGACGGGAGGCGGUGGUGUCGCCUCCUGGUCUGAAAGCAACCGCGACCGCAGGGAGCGUCUCAGACAGUUGGCUUUGGAGACGAUUGAUCUGCAGAAGGACCCCUAUUUUAUGAAAAAUCACUUGGGUUCGUACGAAUGUAAACUCUGUCUGACUUUGCACAACAACGAGGGCAGCUACUUGGCCCACACCCAGGGUAAGAAGCAUCAAGCAAACUUGGCCAGACGAGCUGCAAAGGAGGCCAAAGAUGCACCAACAUUGUUGGCCCCAGAAAAACCCAGGGUUGAACCCAAAAAAUUCGUUAAAAUCGGUAGACCUGGAUACAGGGUGACCAAGCAGCGAGAACCAGAGACUGGUCAACAAAGUUUGUUGUUCCAAAUUGAUUAUCCAGAAAUUGCUGAUAAAGUAUAUCCAAGGCACAGAUUCAUGUCCGCUUAUGAGCAGAAGCAGGAGCCUCCAGAUCGCAAGUGGCAGUAUUUACUGUUUGCAGCUGAGCCGUACGAGACGAUAGCGUUUAAAGUCCCAAGCAGGGAAGUGGAAAAAACUGACAACAAGUUCUGGACUUAUUGGAAUCGCGAUACAAAGCAGUUUUUCCUGCAGUUUGCCUUCAAGAAUGAAGCGAAGAAACCUGGCCCCAUUUUAGGAAGGCCCAAUAUGAUCGGCAUUCCGGGACCACCAAUGUUGCCGGUGCCUCCACCACCCAGACCUCCAAUGUUCAACCCCAUGCCACCUCCGCCUCCGUUGAUGGGAGUUAUGCCUGUACCUCCACCUCCACAAUAAUAACUUAAAACUUAUGUUUAAUUUUUCUGAUUUAAUAUAGAAAGUACAUUUAACAAAUUCCAAGAUA